AUGGAAUGCGUUAAAGCUGAGAUGAGGGGUAAGGAAUAUAUCGGUAGUGAUAAGGAUAUAGAUAGAGCUACGGAUGUGCGAAUGCCGAACAUAGAAGGGAGUGCUGCCAAUCUAGACGAGGAUGGCGCAUGUAUGAGCGAACAUCACAAUAACAAGGGAGGCAACAAGAUCACAAGGACUGGCCUGGACGUGAACAAAGUGGAAGAUGAGAUAAAUCACUCAAAAGACACUGCCGACGACUCAGAAACUGAAAAUAGAUCUAUUAGAAUAGGUCUCCUUAUGCACUCGUAG